AUGUUAAUUAAUAAAAUGCUUGCACGUUAUUCAUCAGAUUUUGUUGUUUGUCGUGAAUUAAUUCAAAAUUCCGACGAUGCUAAAGCAACAUCAUUUCAUUUUGAAAUCAGCUGUGAUAAUGACCCACCAUCAUCAUCAUCAUCAUCUGAAAAAGAUUUUCAUAAUAAAACGAUUGCAGAAAUUCGUACAAUAAAUAAUGGUCUUAUUUUUAAUGAAACUGAUUGGAAACGUGUUGCAGCUAUGGCUGAAGGAAAUACAAAUGUUGAAUCAAUUGGUCAAUUUAGUGUUGGAUUUUUUUCUGUUUUUUCAUUUUCNUUACGAUGA